AUGUCAAGCGCACAAGAGUUUUUCACAAAAGCAAACGAUGCAUUCUUCGCGGAUGACUUUGACGAAGCGGUAGACCUGUACAAUCGUGCCAUUGAAUUAGACGCGACUAAUGCUGAAUAUCUUCUAAAAAGGUCUGCUGCAUUGGUAAAAUUGAAUAAGAAUAAAGAAGCGCUAGCGGAUGCCGAAAAAGCUUUACAUGUAUCCGAAGAAAGCCAAAAUCAAGCUUCGAUUGCAAAAGCGUUUUUACAUAAAGGGCGAGUGAAAGAUUAUCAUAUAGCGAAAAAAUCGUUCGAUCACUCAAAAGAAUUAAAUCCGAAUGAGAGAUUAUUGGUGACUUGGAUCGAAAAAGUUGACGCGGAAUUGGCAAAGACGGCCACUCCACCAAUGGCUGUAAAUUCGACACCGCAAAAUUUUUUGUCUCAAAGUCGCGUCCGGCAUGAAUGGUAUCAAAAUGAAAAUUACGUGACUAUUAGCAUAUUUAUCAAGAAUGUAAAAAAAGAAGCGGUCAAAGUUGAAAUUGAGAAGCGUUUGAUUUCCGUUUCUGUUCAAUUACCAAUCAGUGGCUCUGAUUAUUCCCUUGAACUCGAUCCUUUAGCGCAUGAAAUUAUUCCAAGUGAGAGUAAAUACGAAGUUCUUUCCACCAAAAUUGAAAUCAAAUUGAAAAAGGCACAAGGUGGCGUGAAAUGGGGUGUACUCGAAGGAGAAGAUUCUCUUACCGGCACCAUCAGUAGUGGUGAUGGCAAAUUAACGUAUCCAUCGUCAGCACGAAAAGCUAAAAAUUGGGAUGAAUUAGAACGAGAAAUCUCCAAAGAAAAAGAAAAACCGGAAGGAGAAGAAGCCCUAAAUGUAUUAUUUCAACAAAUCUAUGGUAAUGCGGAUGAUGAUACAAGAAAAGCAAUGCUAAAAAGUUAUACCGAAAGUAGUGGCACGUGUCUUAGUACAAACUGGAGCGAGGUAAAAAAGGGAAAAGUGGAGACAAAGGCUCCAGAUGGAAUGGUCGCGAAAAAGUGGGGAGCAUGA